AUGGCCGAGGACGAAGAGUCGGCCAAGCAAAACGCGAAAGUAGCACAAAUCCUUGCUGCCGGCGGCCUACCUGCAAUCUCGCGUCUCGAUACUUGCGUCACUCUUGUGGAUGCUUGCAACGUCUUCAAUGAUUACCAGACUGCAGACUUCCUGGUCGACCGGAACAAGAACGGCGAGGUGCCCGAGGGUGCGUGAAAGAGACUGCAUUCGCGGAUACUGUGCGCUGCUGACGCCUGCAUUGUAUCUUGUGGUCAUCGUAGAGGACGACAGAUGCAUUUCUGAUCUCAUGACGGAUCAACUCGAAUUCGCCGACGUCGUCAUCUGCAGCAAAGUAGACUUGGUCGCUCCGACCGAGGUGGAGCGCAUUCGCAGCCUUGUUCACCAGCUCAAUCCAACGGCCACUUUCAUACCUGCUGUUAAGGGGCAAAUCGACCUGAGCAAGAUUCUCAACACUGGAAGCUUCUCCUACGCUAAAGCUGCUACCUCGGCCGGAUGGCUGCGAAGCUUGCAAGAAGUCGUAAAGCCAGAGACCGAAGAGUAUGGCGUGGGAACCUUUGUGUACCGUGCUCGUCGUCCUUUCCAUCCGCUUCGCUUGUGGAAAGCGAUCCGCGAGGUCUUUGUCGUCAUUCAGGUGAGCUGCUUGCAAGCACGCGGGCCUUCACCGGCAAGCCUGGCUGACUCUGCUGCAGGCCGCUCCUGAACCGCACCCGGAUAUGGAUCUUGACAUACAGACCGAGUACAUUGAUGAUGGCGAAGGGAGCGAGCAGGAUGAAGAGAAGGCCAUCGGCGAUGAUGCUGAGAUGUCCGAGGCCGAGGUGGAAGAAGGCGAUGAAGAGGUCGCCUCUGACGAUGAGGAUGAAGCAGGCGAAGCUCAGCCUCAGCUUAAUCCCGCAGCUCGACUUGCCAGCAAGAAAGCAUCUGGCUGGGCCAAUCUGUUCAGAUCAAAGGGCUUUAUCUGGCUUGCUACUAGGCCUCUCAUGGUGAGCCACUUGCAGCACGAGAUCAUCCGCACUGCACUUGUCGACUAG